CCAUCCAACUAAUGAGAGUUAUUGCUUUUUGCCACUCUUACAAUGCAUUUAUGAUAAUAUCUUGUAUUGAUUGAGUUUAUCCCUUUUUCUCUUGAUUCCAUCGCUAAAGAUUUAAACCCUAUCUAUCUUUAUUCUAUAUAAACCCUCAUUCACCCCUCUCCAUUACCACCACCUCACAGUUCUGCUCCUCUUAGUUUUUACAUCAUACUUAGCUACUGUUUCUUGUUUUUGUGUGGUGUUCUUGUUUUUAUCAAUCACUCUCUAGUGUUAAGAUUUGUUUGUCAAGAAUGGGUAGUGGAGGAGCGGUAGAGAUUUUGAGUUCAAAUAAUGAUCAUGUUCAUGUUGUUAAUGCUGUUCCAUAUCCUCAGUGUGUCAUUAGAAAUGAUAUUAAUCAAAAUUUGAUUAGUAAAAUGAAUAAUAGUAAUCAAGAGAUUAUUUUGAAAAAUAAUAAUUUUAAUACUAAGAUUGAGAUGAAUAGUAAUGGAGAUUGUGAUAUUGAUGAUGCUGAUGAUAAGGAAUGUAGCUGGUAUGAAGAAGAGAUUGAUGAUUAUCUUAAAUGGUCUUUUGCUCUUAACAGUACUUUGCACAAAGGAACCAGUAAGUAUCAAGACAUAGCACUCUUGGAUACUAAACAUUUUGGAAAGAUUUUGGUGAUUGACGGGAAGAUGCAAAGUGCUGAGAAUGAUGAAUUUAUCUACCAUGAGUGCUUGAUCCACCCUCCUCUCCUUCACCACCCCAAUCCAAAAACAGUGUUCAUCAUGGGAGGAGGAGAAGGUUCAGCUGCCAGAGAAAUCUUGAAGCACAGAAGUAUCGACAAAGUUGUCAUGUGUGAUAUUGACCAAGAGGUGGUUGAUUUUUGCCGCAAGCAUCUGACUAUGAACUGGGAUGCAUUUUGCAAUCCAAAGCUUCAUCUUGUUAUUGACGAUGCCAAGGCUGAAUUGGAGAGGAGACAAGAGAAGUUUGAUUUGAUUGUGGGUGAUUUAGCUGAUCCAGUUGAAGGAGGACCUUGUUAUCAACUCUACACAAAAUCUUUCUAUGAACAAAUUCUUAAGCCUAAGCUCAAUCCUAAUGGCAUCUUUGUUACUCAGGCCGGACCGGCUGGUGUUCUGACCCACAAGGAGGUUUUUUCUUCCAUAUACAACACCUUGAGACAUGUUUUUAAGCAUGUGGUGGCAUACACGGCCCAUGUGCCUUCUUUUGCUGAUACUUGGGGUUGGGUUAUGGCCUCCGAUGAACCAUUCGUGCUCGAUGCCAAGCAAAUCGACAGCAGAAUUGAGGAGAGAAUCAAUGGUGAAUUGGAAUAUCUCAAUGGGGCUUCCCUUAUCUCUUGUACCACCAUGAACAAGAGCGUUCACCUUUCGUUGAUGAAUGAAACUCAUGUUUAUACGGAGGAAAGUGCAAGAUUCAUUCAUGGACAUGGGAUGGGUACUUUUAAAGCUUGAUCAAGGUCAUAUGAAGAGGAGUGUACUGCUAGUGUUUUUUUUAUAUGGAGACUAGCGUUUGAAAUGUGGGUGGAAUUGUGGGAAUGGAAACUACAAAUUCUUCUUCUUACUUUUAUUGUGGGGGUGGAUAUAUGUAGAAGAUUUUCAUGUUAACCUUAAAAAUAAAUUUAGAAAAGUUAUAUACUUCUUUAGUGUUAUGACUUCAUCUGGUGUUUAGUUUCACUGUUUAGUUCUCUUUUUCUUUUUU